AUGCCACAGGCACACCAGAUCCGAGAUACACUAGUCCUUAAGUCAACAGGUCCUCAAACAGGAGGGUGUGCAGCUGGUGAACCGCAGCUCUAUUUCCUCCUGCCACGAAGUCCUGAACUCUGCCACCUUCAGCCGGAAAGUGGGCGCAGCUCCGGCUCCGGGAGUGCACCCGGAAAAGUGCAGAGCGCGGGAUGCCCGCGUCCCGACCACCGAGCGCCUUCCAAACCAGCCGGAAAGCUUCGAGAGGGCUCGGCCGCCGCGGUUUCCAGCCUAGCACCGUCUGGGCUCGGCGGGGAAAGUUGCCCGGCCCAGCCACAGCCCUCCCCUAUCGCCGGUUUGGCCCAUUCGGUACCCGGGAGCGGGCAGACAACCUGCUCGCCCAAGUUGGCGAGCCUUGCGCAGCGCCUCCGCGGGAGACCCGCCCUCCCGAGGACCGGCCGGGGGACCAGGGGGACUUUGUGGGACUCCGGCUGGAGCCUCGCCCCGGGGACUGCGGGGGCGCACCGGCGACAGGCGCGACCCGUGUCCCCGAGGGGGGCAACUGAAACCCGCUCUCGAGACCGCGUCCAACCGGCCGCGGGCAGCUCCGGGGCGGCCCCGCACCCUGCCCCUCGCCGGGACCCCGACCGGCUGGACGCGGGCUUACCUGGCAGGUGGGCAGGGGCAGGGCGGGCGGGAAGCGGUGGCCGAGCCCGGGGCUCUGCCCGCCGGCCCGGAGCCAAGUGCAGGUGGCGGCGCCGGCGACUCCGGUGGCCGUGGUCACCUCGGCCGCUCGGUUCCACUCCUCCUCCGCCGCCGCUUCCUGCCCUCCCGCCGGGCCUCCCGCGUCGCCGAGCGAGGCCGCGCCGAGGCUCCUCUUCCCCGGCGAGUCUCCCAGGUGAGCUCCCGCCGGCGACGUCGGCAGGGGCGAGGCCGGAUCCCGCGCCUGCGCGCCAGCCCCGCGCCCCGCCCCGGUCCUACCUGUGCGCUCCAGGUGAGCCGCGGACCGGCCGGCCGCGCGCCGGGGCAACCCCUCCGCGGCCCGCGCGCCGCCCUCCUGCCGAGCCCCGCGGCCGCCGAGCCUGCGCUGCCCCGCGCGGCGGCUACCUGGCCCAGAACUAA